AUGAGGCGGCGUCAAUUAUCACUGCAAGCGGGUCCAUUUGCCGAGCCAAAGGCCAAUCAGGCCAGGAAGAGCAGCAGCAACGGCGAAAGGAGCUCAACGACAAGUCAAGAUCACGACCCGGUGCGGCCCGGAAUUGACGCUGCCAUUGCUCGAUCGCUCGACACAACCGCAGCCAUGGCGAGCAAGCUGACCCCAUUACUCAUGCGCACCGUCGCCCGGAUGGGGAGCCGGGCGAUGUGGGCAAUGGUCCCCGCCCCAGCGCGCACAUUGUCGACGUCGGCGAUGAGGCACAGCGACACCCUCAUGGUGCACCGAAAUACUCCCGAGAACAACCCCGACAUCCCUUUCAAGUUCACUCCCGAGAAUGAGAAGAUCAUCGAGCAAAUCCUCAAGCGCUACCCUCCCCAGUACAAGAAGGCAGCCGUCAUGCCCCUGCUCGACCUCGGCCAGCGUCAACACGGCUUCUGCAGCAUCAGCGUCAUGAACGAGGUGGCGCGCAUCCUCGAGAUGCCCCCGAUGCGUGUCUACGAGGUCGCCUCUUUCUACACCAUGUACAACCGUACACCCGUGGGCAAGUUCCACGUCCAGGCCUGCACAACGACGCCCUGCCAGCUGGGUGGCUGCGGCAGCGACGCCAUCGUAAAGGCCAUCAAGGAACACCUUGGCAUCAACCAGGGUGAGACCACGCCCGACGGUCUCUUUACCUUCAUUGAGGUCGAGUGCCUCGGCGCGUGCGUUAAUGCACCUAUGGUCCAGAUUAAUGAUGACUAUUAUGAGGAUUUGACUCCCGAGACGAUCAAGCAGGUCUUGACGGCUCUCAAGGAGAGCGUCAACGAUGUAAGCAAGGCCCCCAAGCCUGGGCCUCAGAGCGGAAGGCAGUCAUGCGAGAAUAGUGCUGGCCUGACCAGCCUGACGAGCGAGCCAUGGGGUCCGGAAAAGACCAGGCCUGAUUUGUAA